AAAAAAUAGAGUAUAUUCUCUAUAUAAUUAAAGACUUUACGUCAUUAAAAAAAACUUUAUCAACGUGAGAGGCAAAAAAAAAUAGAAACUUUUUCAAAAAGACUAGGUGACUUUUGAGGAAUGGAUAUAAAGAAGAGAACUCAAAUGAGACUUUCGGCCAGAGACUUAAAAAUCAUCCGAAUAGAUCUACUAUUGCCUGCCAAGGACGACAACUUAUAAGAAAGUGACGUCUCGAUGAAUUCAAUGCCACUGGUUCGGACAGCGUUGAUCGCUCUUUUUCUAGUCGCUUUUCUGCAAAACGCCGCGGCUCAGAAAAGACCGCAAAGUAUUGUUAAGUCUCGUGGUGCGGUUGCAACUGACGAUGGACGGUGUUCAGUGAUCGGGAUGAGUGUUCUUAGGCAAGGAGGAAACGCUAUUGAUGCGUCGGUGGCAGCUGCUCUCUGUCUAGGCGUUGUGAGUCCAGCCUCUAGCGGUAUAGGAGGUGGAGCAUUUACAGUGGUUAAGAUAGCUGGCGGGAAGGCUAUCGCCUAUGAUUCUAGAGAAACAGCUCCUCUCGGCGCCACUGAGGAUAUGUAUGGAAGCAAUCCUGAUCUAAAGAAGAAAGGAGCCUUAUCAGCAGGCGUUCCAGGGGAAGUCGCGGGUCUAUUCACAGCUUGGAAACAACACGGAAAGCUCCCAUGGAAACAGUUAGUGACUCCUGCAGAGAAACUUGCAGAAGGAUUCAGGGUUUCAAAGUAUCUCUACAUGCAGAUGAACGCCACAAGAGUCGAUAUCUUGGCAGACAAAGGUCUCUCUGAGCUAUUUGUUUCAAAUGGAGAGCUCAAGAAACCAGGGACCAUUAUCCAUAACACAAAAUUAGCAUUUACACUCAAGCAAAUCGGUGAAUAUGGUCCAAAAGCGUUUUACAAUGGCACGGUCGGGGUUAACCUAGCUAGAGAUAUUCGUAAAGCUGGUGGGGUAAUAACUUUGAAAGAUCUGCAAAGUUAUAGAGUUAAGGUUACCAAACCGUUGUCUGCAAACAUUCUCGGGUACGAACUACUCGGUAUGCCUCCUCCUUCAUCAGGUGGUGCUGCAAUGAUGCUUGUUUUGAACAUUCUUUCUCAAUAUGGGAUUCCUUCAGGUGUUUCUGGCUCUCUAGGUGUUCAUCGACUAAUCGAAGCUCUGAAACACGCUUUCGCUGUUAGGAUGAACCUUGCUGAUCCAGAUUUUGUAGAUGUUACUAAGGUCGUUUCAGACAUGCUGUCUCCGGAAUUUGCAAAAGACUUGAAGAAGAAGAUAAACGAUGACAAAACCUUUGAUCCAAAAUAUUAUGGUGGCAUGUGGAAUCAAAUAGACGAUCAUGGUACAAGUCAUUUAUCGAUCAUAGAUCGCGAGAGGAACGCUGUUUCGAUGACUAGUACAAUAAACGGUUACUUUGGGGCAGUGAUGCUAUCUCCUAGCACCGGAAUCGUUCUAAACAACGAGAUGGAUGAUUUCUCGGUCCCAGCGAAGUCCAGCGGUGACCUAAAUGUGCCGCCACCGGCACCGGCUAACUUCAUCAGACCCGGGAAACGACCAUUGUCCUCAAUGUCACCCACCAUUGUACUCAAGGACGGUAAAGUGAAAGCUGCGGUGGGUGCUAGCGGUGGAGCGAACAUCAUCGCCGGGACAAUAGAAGUUUUCUUGAAUCAUUUUUUCCUCAACAUGGAUCCUCUUUCUUCCGUAUUGGCUCCAAGAAUCUACCAUCAGCUGAUACCAAACAGAGUUUCGUUUGAAAAUUGGACGACAGUGUUCAAUGAUCAUUUCGAGGUUCCUAAAGAGACAAGAAUUGUGUUGGAAAAGAAAGGUCAUGUUCUAACUCCAACAGCCGGAGGAACGAUUGCUCAGUUCAUAGUUGAAGAAUCUGAUGGAAAUGCCGGAGGAAUGAGUAAGCUUGUAGCAGUUAGUGAUCCAAGGAAAGGAGGGUUCCCCUCAGGAUAUUAAGUUUGUAUUUAGUAUUGUGCCAUUGUUAAUUAAUUGCAUCGAACUUGCGAUGAUUAUCAACCUUUAAUUGAUGAAAUAAAAUAAAAUAAAUUUGUAUUGUUUUUU